AUGGAGGAGGCAGGAGCGACGGGGGCCGUGGGCGCCGGGGCAGGGGCCGGAGCCGCGGCCGUCGAGUCGGAGCUGAACCUGUCUCGCCUAGGCGUGUCCCCGGAGGCCCUGGCGCAGGAGCUGGAGGUGCGGGCCAAGGAGCGGCGGGGCUCCCGGGAGACGCAGCGGCUGCUGCUGCCGCACAACCGGCUGGUGUCGCUGCCGCGGACCCUGGGCGCCAGCUUCCCGCAGCUGCAGCUGCUCGACGUGAGCGGCAACGGGCUGGUGGCGCUGGGGCCCGAGCUGCUGUCCCUGCGCUGCCUGCGCACGCUGCUGGCCAAGAACAACCGGCUGGGAGGCCCCGGCUCGCUGCCCAAGGGCCUGGCCCAGGCGCCGCUCUGCCGCACCCUGCAGGUGCUCAACCUCAGCGGCAACUGCUUCCAGGAGGUGCCCGCCGCGGUACUGGAGAUGCGGGCUCUGCAGACGCUCAGCCUCGGCGGCAACCAGCUGCACACCAUCCCGCCCGAGAUCGAGAACCUCCAGAGCUUAGAGUUUUUGUACCUCGGAGGGAAUUUCAUCAAGGAGAUCCCACCUGAAUUAGCAAACCUGCCUUCUUUAAAUUAUUUGGUAUUGUGUGACAACAAGAUUCAAAGUGUGCCUCCUCAGCUAGCCCAGUUGAAUUCCCUUCGUUCCCUUAGCCUCCACAAUAAUCUCCUGACAUACCUGCCUCGGGAGAUCCUUAGCCUAGUUCAUUUGCAAGAGUUGAGUUUGCGAGGUAAUCCCUUGGUGGUUCGUUUUGUCAGAGAUUUAACCUAUGACCCUCCAACUCUCCUGGAAUUAGCUGGUCGGACCAUUAAAACCCGAAAUAUUUCCUACACUCCUUGUGACCUUCCUGGAAACCUUGUUCGAUACUUGGAUUUAGCCAGCAACUGCCCAAACCCAAAGUGUGGAGGUGUCUAUUUUGAUUGCUGUGUUAGACAAAUCAAAUUUGUGGACUUCUGUGGGAAGUACCGGCUCCCACUGAUGCACUACCUGUGCUCCCCAGAGUGUUCCUCCCCGUGCAGCUCGGCUUCUCACAGCUCCACCUCCCAGAGCGAGUCUGACUCAGAAGAUGAGGCCGGUGUUGCUGCCCACAGGAUGCAGAAGGUUCUUCUUGGAUGAGAAAGUUUAGAGAAGUGUGAUUAAAACACGGAGACUGGAUGGAAGUGGUUAGAAAAACCAAUGCUAUAACUUGAAGUUGUUGAAAAAGCAGUGAGAGAAUUUGAGAUUCAUAACCUCAUUUUCAUCACUCAUAGCUCAACUGGAGAUGAUCUGGACACACCUUGUGUUGUGGCAAUUUAUUCAGCAGGAAUUAAUUUCAUUCCAUAUGUGGAUUCUUUGAAUAUAUAGUUUGCACAGAACUGCCAUUUCAGAUCUGUUAUAAAAGACAUUGUGAUCAGUAGCCUGCUUCUUUUUGUAUGUGAGAAAUGGCAUGUAGCAAAGUGGGUUUAUUCUGAGGUGCCACUACCAUGAUAAACUGUGACUGUUAUAAUCUUGGGGGAGAUGUUGGGCUGGAAAUGGAAGGAAAAACCCAGUGUUAUAAUUAUUGGCCAUAUUUGUGUCCUACCCCACUGUACCACCACCCUAGGAUUAUUCCACCUUCAUGUAAAAUCUAUUCAUAUAGAUAAUCAAAUGAUUUUAUGGGACCUAUCACCCCUUGUGCCCUUUGGGACCUUCAGACUCAUAAAAGUUUGAAGACUAUAAUUUAUGUCUAGGCUUUGAGAACCUACAUUCCUGCUUCCUUAUUAGGUUGCUGCUGUUAUCCUCAUUUCAUCUUGUUCUACCUCUUUGUUAUGGCUGUGUAUAUAGUGCCUUCAGCUUGACAAGGAUACAGGGCAGCUUAUCCCAGAUUUGGUGCUCCCACAGCCUGUAGCCUUAUUUGUGUAUACUAUGCAAGGAAUCUUACAAUGUGCUUUUAACAGUGCUAGUAAAGCAAAUAAAUUCCUAAUCACAAUCUAA